UCAGCAGAAAUUAUUUUUUUAAUUAGCUAGAAGUAGAAAAUGUCUGUUCAAGUUCUAUGUCCUAAUGGCAGAAGAGUAACAGUUAAACUGGGCCCCAAUGCACCUCUCCUUUAUGUAGUGGAGCAAUGUUGUGAGAAGCAUGGGUAUGAUUCGUCUAAGCAUGUACUGAAACAUGGGCUGAAGAACGUGGACCUCUCGUCUCCUUUCAGGUACAGCGGACUUCCUAACAACGCAAAACUGGAACUGGUUGAGUCAGAAACCGUCAGGUCAAUUGAUAAAGAGAUGGUCCAAUUGGUCGUGCAAACUGAAGACGGUCAGAGAUUCUCUGGCUCCUUUUCACCUUCAACAACACUGCACUAUAUACUGGAGACACACAAGUUAACAGGAGUAGAAGCUAAUGCUCACCUCACUAUAGUAUACAUGAGGAGGCAAGUUAGCGGAGAGAGAGAACUAAAAAGGACUGCACUUAAAGACCUUGGACUACUUGGAGGAAGGGCCAUAUUAAGAUUAGAAAAGAGGGAAGGGAAGGUAGAGGAAGAUACUGGGUCUGGUGCUCAUAAUAUUGAGCAGAGUAGUCACCAGACCCCGUCCCAAGAAAUGAAGGAUCGCCAGACCCCCUCAACUGAGGUGGACGAUACGCCUUCAGUUGAAAGGAUUGAACAGUCUCCAUCAAAGAAGAGCAAAGUACAAGAUACAGGAAGACAAGAAAAAGAAGAGAAACAAGACUGCACAAAUCCUGUCAUUCCUGUAUUAUCAAUAUUCCCUCAAGAGGAGGAGAAUGCAAUGGAAGAAGAACCAGAUCCUUGCUCACGAGAUACAGUAAUCUAUCACCUUGAUUCUGUAUCAGCCACACCCAAUGUAGAAGUGAGUGAUGAUUUCUUUAAAGUGACAAUAGAAGAUGCAAUGAAGAUACAGCAUGAUUUGAGACAACAAGUUAAGCAGCUUAAUGAAGCUCCAUUGCUAACUCAAGCAGCAAAAGAAAAGCUUAAAAAGUCAAGUAGUUACAGUCAGACUGUGAUCAGAAUAAUAUUCCCCGACCAGUGGGUACUCCAGGGAGUUUUUAACACCGAAGAACCAGUGAGAGCUCUAGUCUUGUUUGUUCGCGAGCAUUUGCCAAAUCCUCAAGUCAAGUUUCAUCUCUAUACCACGCCUCCUAAGACAGUCUUAAAGAGCGGACGGCUCACAUUGAGUGAAGCUGGUUUUGUUCCUGGUGCCAAUAUUCAUUUUGGAUUUAACGAAGAGGGAGGAGGGCAGGGUGACUCCUCCCCUAUCCUCUCUGCUGAUAGUAUCAGUCAGUACUCCAGUACUGCUGAUAAAGCUGAAGUAGUUGCACAGCUGAAAAGGAGUGAUUCUAAAAAAGAUGACCCAAGUGGUUCUAGUGAAGAUAAUGAUCCUCUAUUAAAAGAAACUGGCCCAUCAACUGAAGCUAAUGCUAGUAAUCGUUCGGCCUCAAGGGAGAGUGGUCAAUCUGCUGCUAGUGGGAGUGGCAAGAAAAUACCAAAGUGGUUGAAACUUGGACAAAAGUAGCAGUGCUAUAGUAGACACAGUUAUAUUGUUAUUAUCGGUUUUUCAGUAUUCAAACAGUAUUAAAUAUACAAUAAGUAUUGAUUUUGUCA